AUGGACUCCAGGUUGGCGACAACUCUGGUCAUAUCUCAGCAGAGUUCCACCUUCCUCCAGGCUGCUAUCUCAGUGCGACCGGAAACACCACCAGAGCCAUUCUCCACCGUCCCGUUUGCUCGAGAUGACGACUACGUUGCCUGCGGCUCGAUUCUGGGCGAGAUCCAAGCGAGGUGUGCAAGACCAGCGUCGAGAACGGCGCUUGUGGGGCUGGGUGGUGUUGGGAAAUCGCAGCUAGCGAUUGAAUACUCCUAUCGCGUGCGCGAAGAAUCGCCCGCGACGUGGGUUUUCUGGGUCCAUGCUAGUAACGCAUCGCGUCUUGAGUUGAGCUACCGAGAGAUCGCCGACCGUCUCCAGCUUUCAGGACGGCAUGAUGCUACAGCCAACGUCCUGCAGCUGGUCAACAGCUGGCUCUAUAAUUCGAAGCAUGGGAAAUGGAUUUUGAUACUGGAUAACCUCGAUGACGAAAAUUUGCUGGACGACCCACUGCGAGACAGUCAGGCAAUCGACCCCGGCAACCAGACGAGCCCAGUGCACCAACCGCUGAUAGGACUGCUCCCUCGCUGUCCCCAUGGGGCGAUCAUCUUCACCACGCGAAACAAAGCGGUAGCACUCAAAUUAGUUAGGGACCGCGACAUCCUCCACAUCAAUCCGAUGGAUGCAUCGUCCGCACUAGCCCUUCUACGGAAGAAGCUUACCAUCGACACGGCAGAUGAGGAAAAAGCGAGGAAGCUUCUCGAAGUGCUCGAAUUCAUGCCGCUAGCAAUCAUCCACGCCUCUGCUUUCAUACAGUAUCACGCGCCACGGUACUCCAUCGUGCGGUACUUGGAAGAGUUUGAAAACAGUAGCCAUAUUCUGGACCACGAAACUGCGCAGCCUCAACGUGAUUAUGAGGCGUGCAACUCGGUUCUGCGGACGUGGCAGAUAUCUUUCGAUUAUAUCCGCAAUUCAAGACCGACUGCAGCAGAUCUUUUGUCUUUGAUGAGCUUUUUUGAUCGGCAGGGCAUACCGGAGUUGCUACUCCGGAGCAAGACACAAGAGGAGGAUAUGAAUGGCGAGAUCAACAAGCGCCAGAAGGAGGAACAGGCGACGAGAAGAUCGACUGAUAGUGACUUCGACUUCGAAGAAGACAUCCGCACUCUCCAAGAAUUUUCCUUCAUCGCAAUCCGACAAGAUCCCAAGAUCUUUGAAAUGCACAGACUCGUUCAAAUUGCCAUAAAGCGUUGGCUUGAGAAGGAGGGGCUCCUGUCGCGGUGGCAGGAGGUAUCAAUGGCCAACCUGGAUCGCAUGUUCCCUUUCCAAUCCGAGGAUCAGGCCACAUACCAAUAUCUAUUCCCUCACCUCAAACAGGCAGUGGUUGUACAGCCAGCCUUGACAACGUUAAUGCCAAGUUGGGUAUCGCUGCUCAUGAAAGGUGUAAGCCAUGCAGCAUCCUGCGGUGAUUAUCGAGAUAUGGAGCAAAUGGGAAAGACCCUCAGAGAUGCGAGUGAGCAGCUAUUCGGCUCAGGGAACCUGAUGGCUACCUUUUCUACUGAGAUGGAAAACCUUGUCGCACAGUAUCAACGCGACCAGGAGAAGACGAUAGCGCGACACCUGGAAGUAAUCGAGGAAUGUCAGGCGCUCGGUGGGGAAAACCAUUAUCUGGCACUGGAGGGCAUGGAAUCCCUCACUGAUGUCUACAUCAUGCAAGGUCGACUGCAAGACGCUGAAGAGCUUGGAGUAAAAGUCCUUCGGAGGAGCCAUCAGGUAUACGGACGCAAUCAUCAUGUGACAAUAUCCGCUGCGAAGACCCUGAGACGAGUAUACACCAGACAGAGGAGGUGGAAGCCGGCUGAAGAGCUCGCUUUGCAGGACAUCUAUGUUGCCAAGCAGUUGGUUGGCAGUGAACAUUCUAGGACGCUCGAGGCUGUUGAAGAUUUGGGAAAACUCUACAUGGUGCAAGGUAGGUGGCAGGACGCGGAAAUGCUUCUGAUGCCAUUAGUCCAGACGCGAACGAGACUCUCGGGCCGGAAGGACCCUUCUACGCUAGCGUCAAUUGCCUUGGUGGCGGAGGUGUACGAGGGCCAGGGCCGUCUGUCAGAGGCAAAAGCACUGUAUAUACACGUGCUUGAGAUGCAAGGCGAGGAGCAUACAGAAGAUGAUCCAUUCACGACCAGAAUCAGAGCACUCCUGGAGCGCAGAGACAAAGGAUUCGAUGGUAACACAUCGCUUUACCGACGCAUUGUCGAAUUUCGCCAAGGGCCUCUUGGUGACAAAGUGCUCGAGCUUAUCGUCGCUCAAGGGGCUCCAAAAUCGAUCAGCAUCAAGGAUCACCUAGGAGCGAUGUACUACAAGCACGGGAAAUGGAAAGAUGCAGAGAAGGUUUUCUUACAGGCUAUUGAAAUUCGAACUUCCGAUCUUGGAGAAACACAUAUUGAUACUGUUAGCACCCGAGGCAAGCUCGGGGCUGUAUAUAUCGAACAAGAACGGUGGAACGAGGCAGAGGAGGUGUUUUUACGGACUCUGGACGUACUUUCUACCCCGAGCUUGCCGUCGGAAGAAGAGCGCAGCGUUAAUGUCGACGCCAGAAUGAAGCUAGGAAUUAUUUUCGCCAAGCAGGAAAGGUGGAAGGGUGCAGAAUAUCAAUUUAGGCAAGUCCUCGAGAGUAAUAGUGCUAUCACACGACCUGACGGGGAGCAACUCUCUACUGUAUCGACCGAAAUAGGGCUAGAAGCGCUACACAGCGGCCAGAAACGAUUAAGCGAUACAGCAAACCAGUUUUCGGAGUUCCUUGGCAGCCGGGUGUGGAUUCUCGGAGGAAAGCACCCACGAGCUGGGAUUGUGAAAGAGCUACUGGAGCUGGUGGACAUGAUGCAGAAAAAUUUGCAAACGGGGCACGAGCACGUGAUCGCAACCCUAGACCUUAUGAAGCAGGCAGCUUGUGUCACGGCUUCCAUCCAACUGAUCAAUGUCCUUCAGAAUGUGUACAUGGCACACUCACCGGUUCUGAACCAGAUUGACUCUACCAAACAGGCACUGGAGAAGCUGAUGAGCGAGUUGAACACCGCAUCUCCAGAGGAUAUAUCCCUAAUUCGGAGUUCCUACUUGAGUUGGACACUAUUGGUUUCUAUCCUCGCCGCGGCGUAUGCAUUCUAUGUAUCCCACAAAUAG